CACAAAAUUUCUAUGAUUUAAGAGUAGGUGACAAGAUGAGCACCAACAACAAUAAUAGACAAUUGGAAAGGUAUGAAAAAUUGGAGAAGAUUGGAGAGGGAACUUAUGGUGUAGUUUACAAGGCUCGUGAUUCAGUAACCAAAGAAUUAGUGGCUCUAAAGAAAAUCAAAUUAGAAAAUGAAGAUGAGGGAGUUCCCUCUACUGCUAUGAGAGAGAUUCUCAAUUUUGAAAGAACUUCAACCUCAUCCAAACAUUGUGGGUUUAAAAGAAUUUUCGAAUAUGUUGAAAUGGAUUUUAAAAAAUUCCUUGAUUAAAACAAACACAAUCUUACCCUUAGUCAAAUCAAACAUUUCACAUUCUAAAUCUUGAAUGGACUCAAUUAUUGUCAUUCCAGACGUAUCAUUCACAGAGAUCUUAAACCAUAAAAUAUUUUAAUCGACAAAUCAACUGGCAUCAUUAAGUUGGCUGACUUCGGUUUGGCAAGAGCAUUCGGAGUUCCAAUCAAAACUCUGACUCAUGAAGUAGAAACCUUAUGGUACAGAGCUCCCGAGAUCUUAUUAUCAUAAAAAUAGUAUUCUUUGGGAGUGGAUAUCUGGUCUGUGGGAUGUAUCCUCACAGAAAUGGUUGAAAAGCAUGGCCUAUUUUGCGGAGAUAGUGAAAUCGAUUAGAUCUUUAAGAUUUUCCAAUACCAUGGCACACCAACAGUUCAAGAUUGGCCAAACUUAGCAGAUUUACCAGAUUUCAAACCUACCUUUCCUCGUUUUAGACCAACACCUCCAGAAUAAUUCUUUAAGAACUUUGAUAAGGUUGGAUUAGAUUUAGUUACUAAAAUGAUCGCCUUGGAUCCAGCUAAAAGAAUUUAUGUUAAGGAAGCAAUGAAACAUCCUUUCUUUGAUGAUCUAAACAAGGAAGACCUAGCAAAGUAUUUUCCUCCAGGAUAAUAAAAUUUAGCUAUGCAAUAUGGAAAAUGA